AUGUCUCAAAAAUACGAAUGGAUGGUUAUCUUGCCCGACAAUGUCGGUGCUUUGGACAAGAGAAUGGCUGUUAGAGAACAACAUCUCGCAGCCGUCAAGCCCAACGCCGAAAGCGGUUUCUGGGUGUUGGGCGGUGCAAUGCUCGAAGACACUCCCAAGGAAGGCUCGCCUCUCAAAAUCACUGGAUCGGUCAUGAUGGCUGUGGCUAGCUCCAAGGAGGAAGUCAUGGAGAAGAUCAAGAGUGAUAUUUAUGCCGACAAGGGAGUUUGGGAUAUGGACAAGAUUCAAAUCUUCCCUUUCAAGUCGGCUAUUAGAUCUGCUUUGUAG